AUGGCACAAAAAAUUGAAACAGUCAUGUUUGAAUCUGUAACAGCUAAAACUAAAAAUUUACCAUCAUUUAUUAAACAACAACGUCCAAAACGAGAAUGUCGUUCACGUAAACGUCCAUAUGAUAUUGAACAAUAUUCAACAAAACGUCUUAAAUAUGAUCAAAUUGAUAUUGAUGAACAAUAUGAUAGUCCUUGUACAUUUGGUUUAACACUAUCGGACACAGAUGAUGAUAAUGAUACAGAGUCAAAAUGUUCAACAAGUGAUGAUACAGAACAAUCAUUGAUAAAACAAUUUGAUAAUAAUAGUGAUGUUGAAGAAAACGACGAUGAAAUAGCAAAUAUAUAUUAUUCUAAAAUAUCAUCGGAUCAACAUCGUCAUAUUCCAGUUGUUCUAAAUCAAACAAUUCAACAACAACCACAGACAUUAAGUCGAUAUUCAAAAAGAUUAAUAUCACAAUUUAAAUAUUUAUAUGAUCAAGGUUUAAGAAAAGGAAUUCAACCAACAAAUUCUUGUGAAUUUUUUUAA